CCUCAAAUCGAAAGUAGAAAUUAAGAAAAUGAGCAUUGAUGUAGUGAAGGAGGGUUGUGUUUAUACUUCUUGUUACUGCGAAGAAAAUGUCUGGUGUUUAUGUGAUAAAAUUCAAAAAGAAUACCCUGAUAAGAUCGAGAAGUGCUACUGCAUAUUUAUAUCCAACAAGAAAAGAGCGAUUCCAUUUUGGAGACAGAGAGCAAGUAAAAGAGAAGAUGGACAAGUAUUUUGGGAUUACCAUGUUAUAUUCAUCUACCAACCCUCAGGGUCAUCUGCAAUGGUCUAUGACCUUGACACAACCUUGACAUUUCCGUGUGACUUUAGGAGAUAUUAUGAGGAAUCCAUCAAAGAUGAUAGACGUUUUAAACCUGAAUAUCAGAGAUUAUUUCGAGUUAUACCAGCAGCUGAAUUUUUGCAAACGUUUGCAUCAGACAGAUCACACAUGUUGACCCAGGACGGUCAGUGGAUGUCCCCUCCCCCUGUCUAUCUCCCAAUUAAAACAGAAGAAUGUUCCAACAACAUUCAGGAAUUUAUCUCUAUGGAAAAAGAAAUUAACCAUGGAGUCGUUCUCAGUUUACAAGAACUUCUAGAAAGGUUUAUGCGCAACAGUGACAAUACUUAAAAGUGAUAUUAUACUUGACAUUGUAUAGUUCUCCACAAGCACUGUGAUAUUUCGUUAAUUUAUUAGUACUUUAAUGUACUUUAUACAUUAUUUGUAAUGGUGAUUCUUAUUUUAUAUACAGUCAAACCUGCAUCUUCUAUUGUGAUCUUGAAAACGUCAAGAGUCUGUGCUAAAAAUCUAGUACACUAAAAAUACUGUAGAUCACUAAUUCUAGCGACACCUUAUUUUCACGAAAUAGUCAUUGACUAUUUAUUAGCGAGACAUCAUUUUCACAAAUUGUUGUUAUUCCUCUAAAUAAUCUUGAGGAAUACUUUCAAUUUUCGUGAGCUCAUCGCCUUGCAUAUUAUGCAAAAAUAAAUUUCUCACGAAUUAAAAAAGAUUUACAGUAAUUGACCACAUUUUCGAUAAAUUGUUAAGUACACGUAUGCUGUUCAUUAAAAUAAUAUGUUAUAUACUGUAAAUCUUGAAUUUUUUACGUCAAUUUUAUUUUGUGAAUUUGGGUCAAAAUGGUGUUGAUUAAUUUUUUCCUUUCAAAAUUUUGCAAAUUACCACUGCUUUGUUUACAUUUUCUUAUUGGUAAUUUAUUUUUAAGAAAAAUAUUUUUGCAAAUGCAAUGAACUCACAAAUUGCUAAAACUUUAUCUACAGCAAAAAUUUCCAGAUUUAUGGUUUGGUAUAGAGGAUUCAAGGUAUCAUUGUUGGACAUUUUCAUGGCAUUAAUGUAACAAUGCUAACAUUGUAGGAUUAAACUGUAUAUGUUUAAUUACCAUAAAUGGAAAUUUUUUUGUAUUUCUAAUAUAUAAAUUAAUUUUUCAGA